UUAAGUGGAGUGGUUUGGCUCGAGGCGCACAGAAGUUACAGAGCUCUCGAAAAUGUAGCAUCAGAAAGUGUUGUCAGAAGGAGCAGAUUAGGACAGCAGACUAACACAGAUUAUCAAUCGCAAUCUGGGAAGUACAGAUUACCUCUAGCAGCAGUCCACCCGUGGAGGAAUUAUGCGUUUUUUCCUGCUCUCCGCGUUUUUUGUGGUGUCCGCAGGUGAAGGCAUUCCUGUCACUGUCAAAGGCUUUGAGAAAGAUGAUGUGCUCCUGCCAUGUGACUGCCCUAAUAGAGAUUUGAAUAAGGAGUUCAAGUGGCAAGUGGAAGAAGAUGAGGAGAGAGGGGUGAAGGCAAAAUUGAUCUUCAGCUAUAAUGAUAGGACCUUAGAUUUUAAAGUAAAUCUGUCCCACCGAUAUGAAACAUUUUUUCAUAAGGACAGCAGUAAUUGUUCUGUUCUAUUAAAAAACAUCACAUCGGAAGACCAGGGAAAAUACAGUUGUCGUUUUUAUUCUCCACCUUACAGACGUUUUUUUGUGAAUCUCAUGCUUUGUGGGACAAAUAUUUCUCAGCACAAGAGGACUCUUCCAAAUGGUGCAAACCGUUACCAGUGUGUUGUAAAGCUUGACUGUUACAAAGAGCCUAACAUUCAGUGGACUUUGAACAAUGAAACGUGUCUGUCAAAUUCAACCAUGACUAACAUCUCUACCACAUACAGCCUGGAUGAAGAAACUGGCCUCCACUAUUUUCACAGUAGACUCGAGACUAAAGAGGGCUUCCCCUCAGAGCCUAAAUGUGAACUCAGUCCUCUGUGCAAACCUGAAGGGGUGAUUGAAAGCUGGUUUUUACCUCUAGAUACCAAGCCAAACCCCUAUUUCAGGAUAUUGUGUAAAGGGGUCUCUGUAAUGUUGGUGCUUGGAAUUUUGUUGAUUUGGUGCCGUCGUGGAACAUCUCACAAUUUUCCGGUGAGGGAAGAUGUGUAAAAUGGGUGUAAAAUAGUGACUUCUCUCAGACGAGCUCCAAAGUGAAAAUGGGAAAGUACUUUCUUCUGAGCCAAAGGAGGUGAUUACUCACUGCUGAUGCAAUACUGGUUGUUUGAAAAAUCUAGUUUUCAUCUUUUGUUCCUGCUCAUGAAAACUACAUCUAUUUUUGGAAGCUAAAGGAGGAGGAGACUAUUCCAUUCAUCAGAUUUCCUUGUCGAGAGUAAACUCUGAAUUAUAUAUACCAGAUGCUAAGUGCCAUAUUUACAUAUUUUAUAUAUGUACCAUAACCAGUUUACUCAACAUUAUUCUGACAUUGCUGCACUAAUCGGUUAUGGGCUUUAUUUUCCCUAUAUCUAAUAUUUGUACCAAAAUAUUUUCUCGUUGUUUAUCUCAAUGUACUUAAAUACUAACUUGUUUUGUAUAAAAUGUGUAUAUAUAUAUAUAUAACCAAACUUAAGUUUCUGUGUAAAGGCUUCUUUUCUUUGAUGUCAUGGAAAGGUGUAAUUUGUUCUUCUGUAACUGUCUUUUUGGUACAUGGAGCACUGUGAAUGUUUUUUUUUAAUACUUGUUUUUUUUCCACUUUUAUAAACAAGUAGGUUUAGGGAAAUGUGAAUAAUGUAUAGUUAAUAGAAAUUCAGGUGCCAUGCAAGAAAUUUGUAAAUGAUGUUGCUUAACUCAACUGUGAAACAUCGCCGUACUAAGUAGCCGUGCAGCUCUGGCUUUUUGGGAAUUAGUCCAUCAGCCUUGAAACUGCGACCGCAGUGAGGACAGUACGCCAAAAUUUGAAGAAUGGAGUGUAAUGAAAUGUGAAUGUGUGGCCUUUUUCAGCACCAAAAAGAAAAGUGUAUAAACAAGAGUAAAACAAACAUUUUGGUCUUGUUCUUUACAAAGCUGUUGAGAAUGUUUGUUUCUGUUUAACACCCUGUAUAGUUUUGUAUCCUGAUAUUGUAACGUAUGAUUUUUUUUUUUUUAAUGUCAAUUCUAACAUGUUUAAUAACCACAUACAAUAAGGUUAAAGUGUUGUUCACACAAUACUGACGAUAGAAACUGAGUGUGAUUUACAUCCACACGAUCUACCUGAGAUCUGGUCAGAUAUUUUGUAACACCUUUCUAUAUUUUUCAAGAUUGAUUUGUAAAGUGGAUUCAGCAAUAAAGUUUGGUUUUUUUUCUUAAA